AUGACUUGCAGCCCUGGGUGCGCAUACAACAUAUCUGUAGCGGGUUUGUCAAAGCACCUACCAAGUGAUAUGGUGACAUCUGCCAUAUUUUUAGCUGCGCUACCGAGAAACAUAGUUGUUAAUUUUACCACUACGACGACAGAGAUCUCACUAAUGGUGUCCUUCGACAACUAUAGUUCAGCUGUGGACUAUACAAUCACUGUGACUUGGGAAUUAUUGCCACGUACAUGCAGUGAUGUGGCUGGAGUGUCUGAUAGUGAGACAUAUUAUACAUAUGUGCGUAUGAUGGAGUACACAAUAACCGGAUUAAAUGCUAAUAGUUUAUACAGCAUAACAGUGUUAAUAAGCAAUCCAGCAGGGAAUGUGACCAGUCAUCCUAUCAAUGCAACAACCCAAGAACAAGAACCAUCUUCUCCUCCUGAACUGAUAAAAGCUGAUCCCGGGACAUUCAGUAUUACGGUGAGCUGGAACUCUGUUCAGUGCUCCCACCAACAUGGAAGAAUAACAGGAUAUGUGGUGAAAUACCGCAAAUAUAACAGCAAUGUUACCCUGACCAAACAAACAGAGGCUCUGGAGCUAAAAAUCACAGACCUACAGCCUUCAACUUCGUAUGUCAUUGAAGUGGGAGCAGAGAAUGGUGCUGGUACUGGAGUCUAUGGAAUCAUCACCCCUAUGCCAGAAACAAAGCCAUUUGAAGUGUUUAUGAUCUCCAAAACGUCAUCAUCUAUCGAGUUAGGAUGGUCCCAAGUUGAUUACAAUACCACAAGAACAGUAAUUGUAAUGUGGGAAGCAAAAACAUGUGUGAACUCUCAUGGAAAUCAAAGCACCGACCUUAAAGACGUGUCUUAUGUGAUAUCACCAUUGGAGGAAUACACUAGUUACAUAAUCACAGGGUGUGUGGAAGAAAUUCCAUCUGCUCGCCAUUCAGUUACGGUCACAACCGACGAAGAAGCUCCAUCUGCUGCCCCUGUUAAUAUUACCGUUGUCAGCACAACAGCAUAUAGCAUCACAAUUGAAUGGGGUCCUGUGCCAUGUAUUCAUCAGAAUGGACUCAUUACUGGCUAUAUCAUACACUACAGUAGUCAAACAGAUGACCAUGAAAAAAGCAUUGGAAACACAACAACGUUUGAGAUAACUGGAUUGAAACCAGCUAUGGAGUAUGAAGUAGAAGUAGCUGCUUUCAAUGUAGGAGGUAGAGGACCUUUUACCAGCACAUUUCUCGAAGUCAAUACCACAGAGGACUCUAGUGUUACCCCAGACCCGACAAAAUCAACAACAAUGACUCCAUCUUCACCUGAGUCACCAACUUCUCAUACCACAGAGGAUGAUACCAGGGAACGUAGUGGUGACAUUGGUGGGGCAGUGGGUGGUGUGGUGGUGUCUGUUCUGGUCAUUUUUGCAACCACUGUGGGAAUCAUUGCUGUCAUCUGGCUAUUGAGAAGGAAAAAGUUUACUCUGUUUCCAGUGGGACACAUUAGAGUUUUGUCUAAACAAAGCGCCAUGCCAGACUCUAAAGACAUGUCUUUGGACCAAAUCUCCAUUGGAGAGAGUCUGGCAGACCCAGAGCUAUCCUCUGAGGCUGAGACAGUGGGAAUUGCACCAGACUCCACACUGCUUCAGUCUCAGAAUGGUGCCACGUCAGAUGGUAUCUCACAGCAACAAGCUGCAGAGGAAGAUAAGCUACCCCUCUCAUCACCGGAGAAGGUAGUAGACCCUGAGACAGAGGGAGAGAGUGAGAAGACAGGGGAUGGGAGAGAGAGAGGCUCAGCUCCGGAGAGUCCGGUCAAGGAAUCCCCGAAAACACUGUCUAUACCAGUGGCUAUGUUUGGGGCCCACGUGGAGAAGAAUCACACUAACAGCAACGAACUGUUCAAGGCAGAGUUUGAGGCACUGAGUGAUGGCGAAGGAAAGUCAGUAGCUAUAGCAAAGAGUCUAGAGAACAGGAGAAAGAACCGCUUCGCCAACAUUUCAGUGUAUGAUGAUAAUCGUGUGAUCCUGAGCCCACUAGGUGACCUCAUUAAUGAUUACAUCAAUGCAAGUCAUGUGGAUGGGUAUACCAGACCAAAGAAAUUUAUAGCGGCCCAAGGGCCAAUCCCCAGCAGUAUAGUAGACUUCUGGAGGAUGGUGUGGCAGGAGAAAGUGCCGUCAGUGGUGAUGAUCACCAACCUGGUGGAGGGGAAGAAGACAAAGUGGAAGACCAGGAAGGUGAAUCAUUUCCACUACACAGCCUGGCCAGACCACGGAGUACCUGACUAUGCCACCUCCAUACUCAACUUCCAUAAGAUGGUUAUGAAAGACCACAAGGCCCACAGAGGUCCUCUAAUAGUGCACUGUAGUGCUGGUGUUGGUAGGACAGGGACAUUCAUAGCCAUAGACCAUGUCCUGGAGCAGAGGGAGACAGAGGGAGUGGUGGACAUCCUUGGAGUCAUCCUCAAACUACGGCAACAGAGAACCAACAUGGUCCAGACUCUGGACCAGUACAUCUUCAUCCAUGAUGCAAUACUGGAGUCAGUCACAUGUGGAGACACUGAGAUUGAGGCUGGGGACCUGAGGAAGAGACUGGCUCAACUCAAGACCAGAGAUGAGUCUGGUCGCUCUGGACUUGACCUACAGUUUGCCAUCCUGGACCAGGUGAGUUCAAACGUAGGAGAGGCAAAGUCAUUUGCUGCACAAAAUAACCUCGACAAGAAUAGAUCUACUGACUUCUUACCAGUGGACAAUUGGAGAGUUGUUUUGAAAGGAGAAAAUCCGGACUACAUACAUGCUAGCAGUGUCCAUGGCUACAAGAAGCACAGGGCGUUCAUCAUCACACAGGGACCGAUGCGCUCCACUGCCAGAGACUUCUGGAAGAUGGUCUACAGCAGGAAGUGUAGUGUGGUCGUCAUGUUAUCAGACCUCAUUGAACUUGAUGAGGAGGUGUGCUACCAGUACUGGCCUGGGAAGAGAGCACAGACAUAUGGGGAGUUCAGAGUAGAGCUGCUCAAUGAGGGGUGGAAGAGUGGAUUCUUAUACAGAAACUUCUCUGUCCAACAGGCCAAGUUUGCCACAGCCCAUCAGGUGUGGCAGUUCCACAUCCCAGAGUGGAGCUCAGACUACCAGUGGUGUGGGGAUGUGAAUGCCAUGGUCUCUGUCAUAGAGGAAGUCUCAAAGGUCCAGAGGAAGACUGGGAACCACCCCAUUGUCGUCCAUGGACUUGACACAGUGAGUAGAUCAGCCAUAUUCUGUGGUGUGGCCACCACCAUUGAGAGGUGUAAGACAGAGGGAGUGGUGGAUGUGUUCCAGGUGGUCAAGGCCAUCAGAGUUCAGAAACCUGGAGCCAUACAAACUUUGGAACAGUAUCAGUCAAUUUAUGAAGCUCUUUUGGUGUUCAUUGACUCAUUUGAAACAUACUCAAACUUUACAACAUAGCUUUUUUAUCGUCAUAUCAGAUUUU